CUGCCUCCGAGCCUGACCAGCCUGAACCUGCACAGCAACCAGCUGAGCGGUGUGAUUCCGGACCUGAGCGGCCUGGACAAGCUGCAAUGGCUGAGACUUCAGGGCAACCAGCUGAGCGGCACAAUCCCGUCCACGCUGGGUGACAUGGCCAGCCUGACGAGGUUGUGGCUGCACGAGAAUGUGCUGAGCGGACCGAUCCCCGCGUGGCUUGGCGGGCUUACCAAGCUGGAGCGGCUUUGGCUGAGCGACAAUAUGCUGACGGGCGAAAUACCGGAGGAACUGGGUGAUCUGAGCGACCACUCGCUCGCUCAGUGGCGGCUCGGCGGCAACGACCUCACCGGGUGCGUACCGCAGGGAUUGGCGGACGUUGCCGACAACGAUCUCGACAGUCUGGGGCUGGAGGUCUGCACGGACUCCUAG